GGAUAGCUAAUGAUAAUUUAAGACUAUUUUAAUAUCCCUUCUGUAGUUUUGGUAAAUACGUGUGUGAAUAGGCGGGGUAGUAGGAAAUUAUACAGAACUGUCUAUUGACUUAGGAUUCAGUAUAUUUAAAACACAAAAAGCAUUAAUGAAUUCUCACCUGCUUGUUUGAAAGUUUAGAUGUUGGAAUGUAAACUUAAGUUAUGCCUCAGCUUCCAUAAAUCUAUGUUUGUAGGGUCCUGCAAUCUGUUUGUUUUAAAUCAGUUUCUGAUGGCCCCUGCACAGAUCCUUCUGAGCUGUGCUUGAUUGGAUUCAAGGCAGAAGUUACUAAGGAAUCUCACCAGUAUUUUGGUUGGCAGGUGUAGUUUACAAGUGGUUAAAAUAACCUGCAAAGAUGAGUAGUUUAUUACACCACAUCAUGACCUCUCUUCAGUUUAGCUGAAGAAUGAAGAAUGCAUAUAGCUUUAUCUGAAGAUCAAGAGAUUUCGUCAAAGUGCUCCACCCUGUCCUUAUCUAAACUACAGAUGUCAGAUCCAACAAUGGAAGAGUUUUAACACAGAAGUGACUUUGGAUACCGGGAUCUACAUGAUUAAAAAAAAUAUGUCAAGGUCUUGACACACGUCUUUGUCUGCAGGUCGCCAGGUCUGAUUCUAAAACUUUGUCUUGCAGUUGAAGGAGUCUUCAUUGCAGUUGAUGAAGUAUUUGGAGACCGUGCUUCUUUUUGAUGAAUCUGCGUUCUGUAUUUACUGUAGAACAACAAAGGAUAUUACAGCGUUAUUAUGAAAAUGGAAUGACAAAUCAAAGUAAAAAUUGCUUUCAGCUCAUAUUACAGUGUGCACAAGAAACUAAACUGGACUUCAGUGUAGUCAGGACGUGGGUUGGCAAUAAACGAAGGAAGAUGAGCAGCAAGAGUGCUGUAGAAUCUGGAGGCACUCCCCCAGGGACUGUCCCUACUACUCCCUCAGUACCUCCAGAAGCAGCAGUUAGAAAUGUGGUGAAUAUUGCUCGAUCCCAAAGUCAGCAGUCUUCUUGGACCUCUUCUAAUAACGAUGUAAUAGUUACUGGUAUAUACAGUCCUGCUAGUUCAUCCAGUAGGCAAGGAUCCACCAAACAGACAAAUACUUCAGUGACAGAAAUACAUAAAACCUCUAUUCCACGACUGCCAGGGAAAAGUGAUACAGAGUUUCAGCAGCAGCAUAUCCCUAUAGGACGACAAGUACCACAUUGUAAAAAUGCUUCCCUAUUAGUAGGGGAAAAGACAAUUAUUUUAUCUAGGCAAACAAGCGUACUGAAUUCUGCGAACUCCAUAUACAGUCACACUAAAAAAAGCUAUGGUGGGUCAUCAGUCCAGACUGCAGAGUUGGUGUUACCUCAGAAACCGAUGAUAUGUCACAGACCCUGUAAAGCUGAACCCGUGGGAUGUCAAAGGUUACAAAAACCGGACCAUGCAGCUCUCGCAUCGCAUGUGCCCCCUGGACAAAGGGCUAAUACCAGGGACCCUUCUUGUAGCACGCAAAACCUGGAAAUCCGCGAAGUGUUUUCGCUGGCGGUUACAGAUCAACCUCAGAGAAUUGUGGGAGGGAGUGCCACGCAGAAGCACUGCUCGGUGGAAGGCAGCUGCCUGUCCAUCGCGAUGGAAACUGGAGACGUGGAUGACGAAUAUGCUAGAGAAGAAGAACUGGCAUCCAUGGGAGCACAAAUACAAAGCUAUUCAAGAUACUGUGAAAGCAGCAGUUCUGUUCGAGUAGAGAACCAAAGCGCAGCCUUGUCUGGGCCAGGAAGAAAUGUGAGCUGUAGUUCACAGAUGGUGAAUGCCAGGGAUGUGCCUGACAAUAUUCUGUAUCAUAACAGAGACUACCACUUGCCAGCACGGACCUCAUUACAUACAACAUCCAGUACAUUAUAUAACAGUGCUAAUCCAUCAAGAAGUACCUUUUCUCCUCAUUUUACAUCUUCAAGUCAACUGAGGCUGUCACAAAACCAAAAUAAUUACCAGAUUUCAGGAAACCUUACUGUGCCUUGGAUUACAGGUUGUUCCAGAAAAAGAGCAUUACAGGACCGCACACAAUUUAGUGACCGAGACUUAGCUACCCUAAAGAAAUACUGGGACAAUGGCAUGACCAGCCUGGGCUCAGUCUGCAGAGAGAAAAUUGAAGCUGUGGCUGCAGAAUUAAAUGUUGACUGUGAAAUAGUGCGGACUUGGAUUGGGAAUCGAAGACGGAAAUACCGUUUAAUGGGGAUUGAGGUUCCACCCCCUAGAGGAGGUCCUGCUGAUUUCUCUGAUCAAUCUGAAUUUGUUUCUAAAUCAGCACUUAAUCCAGGAGAGGAAACUGCUACUGAAGUGGGGGAUGAUAAUGAUAGGAAUGAUGAAGUAUCAAUCUGCUUAUCUGAAGGAAGCUCACAAGAAGAGGCAAAUGAAGCUCUUCAAAAUGAAGAAAUUGGUCACAAAGAUGAUGACCAGCAUCCAGUAUCUACUGAUAAUGUGAAAAUAGAAAUUAUAGAUGAUGAAGAAAGCGAUAUGAUAAGUAAUUCUGAAGUGGAUCAAAUGAGUUCUCUUUUGGAUUAUAAGAAUGAAGAAGUCAGAUUCAUUGAGAAUGAGUUGGAGAAUCACAAACAGAAGUAUUUUGAACUACAGACGUUUACUCGGAGUUUGAUACUUGCUAUUAAAUCAGAUGAUAAAGAACAGCAGCAGGCACUGCUCUCAGACUUACCUCCUGAAUUAGAAGAAAUGGAUUUCAAUCAUGCAUCCCCAGAGCCUGAUGAUACCUCAUUCAGCUUGUCGUCUUUAUCGGAGAAAAAUGCCUCAGACUGUAGUCCCCCACCUCCUACUUAG